AUUUGAUUGGAUUUCAUUUCCUACGCCUGUAACCUUUUUGAAGAAAAAGCCACCCACUUCUUUUUGGAACCGGAUUCCUUCUCUCUCUCUUCGAAAAAAGUUCAUAUCGUCGUCUUCUUUCCCAUUGCUUUCUUUCCACCACUUCAUUACUGUCGUUAAGAUUCUAUCACUCACUUACAUUAAUAAUAUUCAAAUCGCACUCAACAAUCCGACACGCACAGAAGGAUCUAUCUACGUAUAAUUGUCGAAAAGAGAAAGAGUAAUUUCAUCAACAUCAAUCAAAUCAAAAGGUCACUGUAGAAGCUACUUCAAAUCAACCAUGUUCUCCAAAGCCCUUCUCCCGGCUCUCGCAGUCGUCGGCACUGUUUCUGCUGCUACAACCGCCUCUGUUUGCUCCCAAGCAACUGCCACCAUCAACAGUGCUGCUGAUGCCACCGCUUUGGCCGAUUGCAAAACCAUCUCUGGUGACGUUGUCAUCAGUACUACCGCAUCUGGUACCAUUCAACUCAAUGGACCUGAACAUAUCGAAGGUAGCUUGAUGGUCGAGAACAACGGAGCCAUUACAUCCCUUUCAAGUACUUCUCUUACCACCAUUGAUGAUACUUUCGGCUUGAGCAAUUUGACUCUUCUGUCUACCCUCCAAUUCUCCGUCCUUGACACCAUUGGAACGAUCAACUGGGCUGCUCUUCCAGCUCUCCCAGCUCUCACUUUCACCAAUGCCGUUAGCACCGCCAAGAGUGUCACCAUUACCAACACCUUCUUGAGCACUCUCGAUGGUAUCAACUUGAACACCGUUGACACCUUGAACAUCAACAACAACAACCGUCUCAAGACCUUCAGCACCCAAGUUGGAAAUGUCACCACUCUUCUCAACAUCGAUUCCAACGGAAAGAACUUGGAUGUUAGCUUCCCUAACUUGAUCUGGGCUGCCAACAUGACCUUCCGUAACGUCUCCAGUGUCAGCAUUCCAUCUUUGGCCGUUGUCAACGGAUCCCUCGGUUUCUACGAGAACUACUUCACCAGUCUCAAUGCACCAAACUUGACAUCCGUCGGUAACACUGCCAACGGACAAGGUGGAUUGGCUUUCGUUGCUAACCCAUCCCUCGCCAACAUCACCAUUCCUAUGCUCGAGACCGUUGGAGGUGCUUUCCAAAUUGCCAACAACUCUGCUCUUGAUGCUAUCAACUUCCCAGAGUUGACUCAAGUUGGAGGUGCUAUUGAUUUCUCUGGAAACUUCACCACCCCUGAAUUGCCAAAGCUUAACGACGUUAAGGGUGGUUUCAACAUGCAAUCCACUACCUCCAUUGACUGCAGUGGAUUCAAGUCUGAGCAUGACAGCGGUAACAUCCAAGGUACCUACACUUGCAAGACCACCGCCAAUGCUCAAUCCGGAACCGGAACCAGCUCCAGCUCUUCCUCAAGUGCCUCUGCUUCUUCUAGUAAGGGUGCUGCUGUCUCCUACGGUGUUAACGAGGCAGUCAUGGGUGUCUCCGUCAUCGGAGGUUUCUUGAGCAUGUUGUUGUAAAUCAUUGGGACGUCGGCGUUUUUCCUUUAAUUAUCACAUUAGACCUAAUAUGCCACGUUCUCUCUGUUUUACAUGACUUUUCAUAAGCUUUUGAGCGGUUUUCACCUUCAUUAGGAUCAUUAGGGGCGUGUGCUUUGCAUAUCAGUUGCUGUCGAGGUUGCUCUACUUGUGCACCUGUCACACUGAUGGUAUACAGAAAAAUUCCAUGAAGUUAUUUAAGGGGAUGGGUGGGAAACAUUAAGCUUUUGAGAAGAGAGAAUCCGAAAUUGUACAUUUGAAUAUUGUUUCCCUGGAAUUGAGAAGUGCAGAGAAUAAUAAUGAAUCUCUUUUUUAAACCAUAAUACUAUAAUGUCUGUCUUUAUUUGUUACAUGACCUUGUGUGUUCUCGACCUUG